AUGAUUUGGGGAUGCUUCAUCAAGGCUGGAAUCAGUUUUACCUUUUGUGAAGGACGCAUAAAUCAAGCCACGUACAAGGUGAUCUUGGAAGAAAACUUGCUUUCUUCUGCUCCAAUACUGUUCCCCAACUGCCAGGUCAAUCAAGGUGUGGAUGGAGGACCACACAGAUCAUGCAAGACCCUGUCAUGGCCAACCCAAUCUCCAGACCUGAGCCCCAAUGAAAAUCACUGGAAUCAAGAAUUUUGGAAUACUUACCCGCAUAAUGGAAAAGGAGGUGGCUCAGGUUCCUCUCCUACAGUGGAUAUUGCUGGGAUGGUGGCUGGAAUAGUGGCAGGACUUGUGUUACUUGUAAUGGCCGCAGCAGUGAUUAUGUACUGUGUUCGAUACCGAGCUAAGGAAAGGAGAAGAGGGAGAGCUCCUGUUAAUCUCACUAGUCUUGCGCCACCAUCAGAAGAUUUACCGCUGACACAGCUGCCAGUACUAGAGGUUACUGCCCCAGGACUUCCUUCCUAUGAAGAAGCUUUAGAGGCAUCGGGCACAUAUGAUGCACCACCACCCCCCUAUCAAAG